AUGUUCGCGCUUGAUGUGCCCUAUUCUUCCAUCGAUGCUGAGAUCUUCUUCAAUAAAGUCCUCUUCAAAAAGAUAAAAGCCAUGCUCAAAGUGGAAAAGAAUGAAUACGGUAAGACGAUUUCUGGUUCUCCCUUAGUCGCGUACCAUAUAACUCGCAAGAAAUUGCGAGGAGACUCGAUCCAGGUGACUCCUUUGCCUUCUGAAACGUUGAUUGGCAAAGAAAAGCGGAGAUCAAUUAAUUUAUUGCCAAUCAACCGUACAAUCAAUAAUGAUAGCCACCAUCGCAGUAUCAUUGUGCUUGGCAGGACUGGAGCUUCCGAUGUAAGUGGAUCUUUUAUCGUUGAAGGAAUGGUCGAUUACCUAAUGGACAACGUUGAGUUCGAAUCGAUGAAGCGUGUAUUUGACUUCUAUUUUGUUCCUGUUGCCAACAUCGAUGGUGUUAGGUAUGGCAACACUCUCACUAACCUUACCGGAAGCAAUCUCAACAAUAACUGGAAAACUCCCAACAGAUACUAUCAGGCCGAAAUAUUCAGUCUGAAAGAGUACCUGCAGGAAAUAAAUAAGGAAGCUCCGAUUUCUUUGAUCAUCAAUCUCACCGCUUAA